AUGGAAAAUCCAUUCUACGCGGAUAACCACUCAUCCGGUAGCAGCCGAGUCAGGCUGCGAGGCAACCGUGGUGCACACCGAGGCCGAGCUGGAGGAGACCGCGACCGAGGCAAUCUUUUUCCUGCCAGAAAUUACCGACGUGAAGGAGGACGACCUCAGCGACCAGUCCAUGAACGACGAGAAGCCGAACAGGCUCGAGGGCGUAAUGACAACGACCUAGGAGGCAUGAAACUACGGAUUCCCCCUUUCUACGGGAAAAACAACCCAGAUGCUUUCCUAGAAUGGGAAAAGAAAGUGGAUAUCGUGUUCAAUUGCCAGGAUCUAUCGGAGAGGAAGAAGAUCAACUUGGCGGCUUCCGAGUUUAAUGGCUAUGCCAUCGACUGGUGGGACCAGAUUGUGACCUGUCGCCAUCGCAAUGGAGAGCAGCCGGUGGAAACUUGGGAUGAGAUGGCCACUCUCAUGCGACAGCGGUUCGUGCCAUCCCACUAUCAUCGGGAGUUACAUACCAAGCUUCGGAGACUCAUGCAAGGAACCAAAUCCGUGGAGGAUUACCAUCAAGAAAUGGAGCGCUUAAUGCUCAAAGCCGACGUAUUCGAGCCGGAGGACGCGACCAUGGCCAGGUUUCUAAGUGGCUUGAACCGGGAUUUGCAGGAUCGUAUGGAGUUACAAGAAUACAAUGACAUGGCCGAGAUGCUACACAAGGCCAUUCUGGUGGAGCAACAGCUCAAACGAAAGGGUACCAAUCGAUUUACCCCUGGAUCUAGUUCGCGACCGACCUACCGAGACGACAAGGCAAUUUACCCCUCGCGUUCUAACAACCAACCGAGGACGGACACCAGACCGAACCAGAACACAGGCAAGGCCGAGGUCAACUCAUCCAGUACGCGUGACAUCAAAUGCUUUAAGUGUCGGGGAAAGGGACACUACGCCAAUAAAUACCCAAACCAGCGGGCAAUGCUUUUGCUCGACAUCGGAGAGAUCGUAUCCAAUCACGACGAGGAUACUAAACCGGUCUAUGACGAGGAAGAGACCGAGGAGCGAGCUGUAUGUGGAGAGCUACUUGUAGCUUGGCGUGUUUUAAUAGCACAAGAACGGAACAAGGAGGAAGAUCAGAGGGAAAACUUGUUCCACACCCGGUGCUUGGUCCAAGGAAAGGUGUGUAGCUUGAUAAUCGAUGGAGGAAGUUGCACCAACGUGGCUAGCACUAACAUGGUUGAUAAGCUGGGUUUGGAAACCCGUAAGCACCCUCACCCUUAUAACUUACGGUGGCUCAACAACCAGAGGCAACUCAAGGUCACCAAGCAGGUCACCGUACCAAUUACCAUCGGACGAUAUGAGGACGAGGUCGUCUGCGAUGUUCUACUGAUGGAGGCCGGUCAUUUACUUCUAGGACGGCCGUGGCAGUUCGACAAGAAGGCGAUCCAUGAUGGUUUUUCAAACAAACAUACCUUUGAACACCAAGGUCGCAAGAUUGUCCUAGCACCCUUGUCACCACACGAAGUCUAUCUUGAUCAGGUCAAGCUGGAGCAAAACUCCAAAGGUAAAAACAUUUUGAGCGAACCCCAAAACACUUCACAUCAAAAGAGAGAGUCUGAGGAAAACCUAGAAAUGGCUUGUGAGGGAAAUCCCGUGAGCAAAGAAUCCUUUCUUGUGAGGCAUAGCGAGGUGAAAUAUGCCUUGGCUACAAAGCAACCUUUUGUUCUACUCAUCUUCAAAGACGCUUUGGCUAGCCAUACUAACCCUGAGCCGGUCUUACCGAGCAGGAUCUCUCGUGUUUUGCAGGAAUUCGCCGAUGUCUUUCCGGAAUACGACCCAGGUGGCUUACCACCCAUCCGAGGAAUUGAGCAGCAAAUCGACUUCGUACCCGGAGCCACCCUUCCUAACCGACCAGCCUACCGUACUAAUCCAGUCGAAACCAAGGAGCUUCAAAGACAGGUGGAUGAGCUUCUGGCUAAGGGAUACAUUCGCGAAAGCAUGAGUCCAUGCGCCAUGCUGGUCUUACUCGUGCCCAAGAAGGACGGAACUUGGAGGAUGUGUAUUGACUGCCGAGCCAUCAACAACAUAAUGGUUAAGUAUCGCCAUCCCAUCCCUAGGCUAGAUGAUAUGUUAGAUGAGCUUUAUGGUGCAUGCAUAUUCUCUAAAGUUGAUUUAAAAAGUGGCUAUCACCAGAUUAGGAUGAAAGAAGGUGAUGAAUGGAAAACGGCUUUUAAAACUAAGCAUGGUCUUUACGAGUGGCUUGUUAUGCCUUUUGGACUCACUAAUGCACCUAGCACUUUCAUGCGUUUGAUGAAUCACGUUCUUAGGUCAUUUAUAGGUGUUUUCGUGGUAGUUUACUUUGAUGAUAUCUUGAUUUACAGCAAGACCUUAGAUGAACAUGUGUUGCAUUUGAAAAAGGUGUUAUAUGUGCUUAGGCAAGAACGUCUCUUUGGGAACCUUAAGAAAUGUUCAUUUUGUACGGAUAACAUUGUCUUCCUAGGUUUCGUGGUAAGUUCGCAGGGAGUCCAGGUCGACGAAGAAAAGAUCAAAGCAAUCCGGGACUGGCCGAGCCCAAAGACUGUGAGUGAAGUUCGGAGCUUCCACGGACUAGCUGGGUUCUACCGACGUUUUGUCCGAGAUUUCAGUACCAUAGCCGCGCCUUUGACCGAGAUCAUUAAAAAGGAGGUCGGGUUCAAAUGGGAGCAACCUCAGGAGGAGGCUUUUCAACUCUUGAAACACAAACUCACCCAUGCUCCAUUGCUGGUGCUACCUGACUUUCUCAAGAGGUUUGAGAUCGAGUGCGACACCUCGGGAGUUGGAAUUGGAGCCGUGCUAAUGCAAGAGAAGAAACCUGUGGCUUUCUUCAGCGAGAAGCUAGGUGGAGCUACUUUGAACUACCUGACCUACGACAAGGAAUUAUACGCCUUAGUCCGAGCCCUACAAACUUGGCAGCACUACUUGUGGCCAAAGGAGUUCGUCAUCCACACGGACCACCAGUCGCUCAAGCACUUAAAGGGUAAACAGAAGCUUAACAAGAGGCACGCCAGAUGGAUGGAAUUCAUCGAAACCUUUCCCUAUGUCAUCCAGUACAAGCAGGGCAAAGAGAACAUAGUGGCCGACGUGUUGUCUCGUCGAUACACCUUGAUUACCACUUUGGACGCUAAGGUGUUGGGAUUCGAAAUGAUAAAGGAUGCCUACAUCACUGAUCCAGACUUCCAGGAAGUCUACCAAGCCAGUUCGAAAUUUUCCCAUGGCAAAUAUUACCAAAGUGAUGGCUAUCUCUUUUAUGAAAAUAGGAUAUGCAUACCUAACACGUCUCUUCGUGAUUUACUUGUCAGGGAAGCACACGGAGGUGGACUAAUGGGGCAUUUCAGAGUAGCUAAGACUCUGAGCGUGGUGCAAGACCAUUUUUUUGGCCGCACCUGA